UUCAGUCACACGGUCAAUGAUGAACUUCACCUUAAUAAGAGCUAUAAGUCUGUGCAGUCUCUGCUGGAUCUCUGUCUCAGGUUCUGAGUCUCAGAUUGUGGAGGCUCAGUCUGGUGAAGAAGUCACACUGCAGUGCUCCAACAUUGCCAGCAAUGAUGCUGUCACUUUCUGGUUCCGACUGGUCAACAGAACCUCGGUCAGCUGUAUCUCUGUCAUGUUCAGAUCGAGCAGCCCGCCUUCAUACUGUGAUGGAUUCGAAAACGGAAAAUUUGAAAUGAGAUCAAACAUCUCCACCAUCUUUCUGAAAAUCAAACCAGUGGAUUUAUCUGACUCUGGGCUGUAUUUCUGUGGAUUUUAUGAAAAUGGACAGCCACUUUUCAGUGUGACACAACUUAACAUUGCAAGCAGCGACGAAUCCCAUGGUGGCACGGACAACAAAGGCUGGAUCUCUGUCUCAGGUUCUGAGUCUCACAUUGUGGAGGCUCAGUCUGGUGAAGAAGUCACACUGCAGUGCUCCAACAUUGCCAGCUAUGAUGCUGUCACUUUCUGGUUCCGACUAGUCAACAGAACCUCGGUCAGCUGUAUCUCCGUCAUGUUCAGAUCGAGCAGCCCACCUUCAUACUGUGAUGGAUUCGAAAACGGAAAAUUUGAAAUGAGAUCAAACAUCUCCACCAUCUUUCUGAAAAUCAAACCAGUGGAUUUAUCUGACUCUGGGCUGUAUUUCUGUGGAUUUUAUGAAAAUGGACAGCCACUUUUCAGUGUGACACAAUUAAACAUUGCAAAUUCUGACAAAGUAGCAAAGCCGGCAUGUUUUACCCUGGCUGGUCUGACUGUUCUCCUUCUAGUGGUCAUCGCUGGUCUGAUUGUUCAAAACAGAAAACUUAAGACUGCUAAUAAAGAAGAACAGAAUCCAAACCAAAAUGAGAAUCUUGGUUCGGAUGACCUGAAUUACGCUGCAGUGGCAUUUCGACCAAAAGUUACAAGAAGAGAGCCGGAGCCAAAUGUGAUUUAUGCUGCCACCAGAUAGACUCAGGAGUUAACUGGAACUGGUGCUGUAUUAUAUCAGUACAUUCUGAGGCUUCACAUGGCUGUUUGUGAGAGCUGUACCUACUGUUGAUGAAAAAUGUCCA